AUGCUUCGAAUCCAGCCAUCAGAUCACCUAGCGACGUUAGAAAAAGAAACGUUGGAUAGUAUGCAGCGUGAUGGUUUGCGAGACACGCAAUUUGUGGAUAGUAACUCGACAGACUGCGAGCGCGCUGAGAAAUUGGGCUGGAAAGAAAAACUGCUAAAGUUCCAGAUCCCAGACUCUCCUGAUAAAAGCUACGAAGCAGUUCUUGACUCGCUAGCUGGGUUCGUGCGGUGCAGUAAUGCCUGUGCUUACUAUCGUGAAAAAGCCGAUGCCAAAGGCAUCAAAUUUAACCUCGGAUCAGAGCAUGGAGCCGUUGAGUCAUUGCUCGAAGAGGCCAGCAGCAUUGAGCCGAAUAAGAAGAAAAUAACAGGCCUCAAAACAAAGGAUGGAGUAAUCCACAAAGCUGACACUGUUGUUGUUGCUGCUGGAUCAUUCUCAACACAGAUACUUCAUGACUUGAGCUAUCAUCUCGAGUCCUCCGCUGGAAGCCUUGCGACAUUCAAGAUAGAUGAAGGCGAUAUCGAGCUAUGGGAAAAGUAUUCGCCCGAACGUUUCCCAGUCAUGACCUGGAAGAGCACCCCACGAGAUAAUUCGGGCAAAGACACAGGGAGUAUAUAUGUUCUGCCCCGAACUCCUGAAGGUCUAGUCAAGAUUGGAUAUCGUGGAAUCAAAUGGACGAAUUUCCAUACAGCCCCCAAAGAUGUUCCCUUUGCCCAGGACGGCCAAUGGUCGACACCUCUUCCCUUAGAAGAAAGCUCUGUUCUCCCAGAGCCGGCUCUACAUGCAGUCAGCCAGUUUGUGUCUAUCUUCAUGCCCGAGUUCGAGAAUUCUCCGUUCUAUUCUACGAAGCUUUGCUGGUAUACUGAUUCUCUGGACAACUCUUUUGUGCAUGCAGCAGAUAUUCUCGAGAACGGCGACGGAAGCUCAUCUUUUAUGCGUCCGUUCUGGCGCUGGCGUCCCGAUGCUCCUCGGAAGAACGGCCUGGAAGAAGGACCUGGUGGACCGCGAGACAUUGGACACGUUUAA